AUGAUAGCGCAAUUGGUAUCACAAGGACCGAAUCUAUAUGUGUCCUCUUAUGGACUCGUUAGGCGACGCGAGGAUCGACCCCCCAAACAGUAUGAUCAAUUAAACACUUGCACCGCAGCAGACAAAAAAGAAUCGGCCUCUAUUGUACGUCGUAGGGAUGAAGUUCAAUGGCAAAAAGCCCAAAAAUGA